CUUCCAAAACUGACUUGGCGCACUUUAUAUUUUAAUAAACUGCAAUAAUGGCAGGUCAAAAGCAUAUAAUGGAAUUAUCAUAAAAGCCCCUUUUGUGACGUUCGCGUUAGCUCAAACCAACGGCAGCAUUGAACCCUCCGCAGCCCAUAAAUAACAGCCGUUGAGUCAUGAGCGUUAACUAUCCCACUGCAGGAAACAAAACAAAGUAGCAAAAGUAGUUGCUGUUUUGCGAUGCUUUCUCUUCUUCUGCUUCUUUUCCUACCAGCCUAUGCCUGGGCUGCUACGGAUUCCAUUGCGGAAAGAUUUUUCCAAUGUCUUUCAUCCGAUUCCAAGCUAAUUCCCACGCCCAUCUCCUCCGCCUUCUUCACCCGAAACAACGCCACCUUCACGCCUCUCCUUCAAUCCACCGCGCAGAACCUCCGGUACUUGACCCCUACCGUACCCAAGCCUGAGUUCAUCUUCACCCCUCUCCGUGAGUCCCACGUCCAAGCGGCUGUUAUUUGCGCCCAACAGCUCCACCUCAACCUCAGAGCCCGCAGCGGAGGCCACGACUAUGAGGCCGUCUCUUACGCCUCUCAAACAAUAACACCGUUUUUCAUCCUCGAUCUGUCCAAACUUCGGUCCAUCAAUGUUGAUACAGCCUCCAACAGCGCCUGGGUCCAGGUGGGCGCAACCAUCGGCGAAGUUUACUACAGAAUUUCUGAGAAAAGCAAAGCUCACGGCUUCCCGGCCGGUCUCUGCACCAGCCUGGGCGUCGGCGGCCACAUCACGGGCGGCGCUUACGGCCCCAUGAUGAGAAAAUACGGCCUCGGGGCGGACAACGUGCUCGACGCCCGCAUAGUUGACGCUUCCGGCAAAAUUCUCGACCGAGAGGCGAUGGGCGAAGAUUGGUUUUGGGCUAUCAGGGGUGGCGGCGGAGGGAGCUUCGGCAUCCUUCUUUGGUGGAAAAUAAAAUUGGUCUUGGUGCCACAGACCGUGACGGUUUUCAACGUCGGGAAAACUUUAGAACAGGGCGCGACCAAGAUUCUCUACAAAUGGCAACAAGUCGCCGAUAAGCUGGACGAAGAUCUCUUCAUUAGAGCCGUCAUUCAGCCAACAGAGGCCGCCGAAAAGGCCGGAAGAACUGUAACUGUGUCAUUUAAUUCACUGUUUCUGGGCGGCGCGGACAGGCUUCUUCAAGUGAUGGGGAAGAGCUUUCCGGAAUUGGGGUUGACCCGGAAUGACACCUCCGAAGUAAGCUGGAUACAGUCGGUGCUCUUCGUCGCCGGUUACCCCCCGGGAACGCCGCCGGAAAUUCUUCUCCAAGGGAAGUCACUUUUCAAGAAUUUUUUUAAAGCUAAAUCAGAUUUCGUGAGGGAGCCAAUUCCGGAAAGUGGGCUUGAAGGGUUGUGGAAGAGAUUGCUGGAAGAGGACGGUCCGUUGAUGAUAUGGAAUCCAUACGGGGGUAUGAUGAGUAAGAUAUCACCAUCCGAGAUUCCCUUUCCUCACAGAAAAGGCAACCUAUUUAAAAUUCAGUACGUGACGACCUGGCAGGAUGGAAGCGCGGACAACGCGACGAGGCAUAUCAAUUGGAUGAGGGGUUUAUAUAAUUAUAUGACCCCUUACGUUUCCACGCUCCCAAGAGCCGCGUAUGUAAACUACAGGGACCUUGAUCUGGGGAUGAACAAGAAAGGGAAUACCAGCUUUGUGGAGGCCAGUGCUUGGGGGAACCGCUACUUCAUGGAUAAUUUCAACAGAUUGGUGCAAAUCAAGACCAAGGUGGAUCCUGAUAGCUUCUUCUGGCAUGAGCAGAGCAUCCCGCCUCUUUCAUAAACGAUUUAUUAGUUUAUUAAGUGGAGAGAAUUAGAUUAGACUGGGGCGGAGAACUUUAAUUAAGACUUUUAAGGUUUGGGGGUUGUUUGUGAUAGAUACAAAUAAUGAGGGUACUCUACAGCGGGAUAGGUGUUGCAUCAAAUUAAAUAAUUAUGUGCGUACUCUACAGUGGGAUAGGUAUUGCAUCAAAUUAAAUAAUUAAUGUACCUAAUUGUGUUUUCCGAAA